CCUGCAGGAAAUGGUCGGCCAAGUUACCGGUCUCCCGACCUGGAAGUCCUCGGGUCAAGAAGACAAGACUACCGCCGUCGACGCAAUGAAGAAGGCCAGCGAGAACCGCGAUCCCAGCCAGGGAAUGGGUGGAAUUGAGGAGAAGGCCGGAAACCUCGUCGGCUGCGAGGGUAUGCAGAAGGAGGGCGCCGAGAGCAAGAACAAAUAGACGGCUGACAUGACAUUGUACGAAUAGAGGGAUUGGACAACGGAGUAACGACAUGAAUCACACCAACCGCUGCGGCAUGAAACGGAAUGAAUGAUUGGAUUGUGAUAUCGGAGUAGUAAUCGUGAAGGUACCGGAGUUUGGCGGAGUGGCAAUGAUAUUCAUGACAAAACUUGCCGAUGUGGUAUCCACCGAAGAACUGAUUAAGGAUUACCAAAGACAUUUAAGCAAGCAAAGAGUCUUUCAAAAUAUCACAUUGCAGCUACAAUGCGACAUCCUACCCGUCCCUCGGAGCCAAUUCUGCCGACCGCACAUGACGACAUGAGGUUCGUGUCGACAGUCUGACUUCCCACAAUCUCAACACCUUCCAAGCCAUACACGCUAAACUAAAAAAUGGACGUCCAAGCACCCUUCAACCCGUCAGCUCUCUUUUCAG